CAGGACUCUCGUUCUCUCUCCAUUGAUCCGUCGAGGCGUGCCAGUGUGUUCAUGUGAUGCAGGAAGGAUGCGUCCUAAAAGAGCUUGUAUCGAGCCAAACUGCAUCACUUCUGAGUCCAACCACCGCUCAGCACUCAUCUUUGGAUAUCCUCCCUUUCGCUUUGCAGUUACAUUGGGUGAAAGGGAAGAAAGCGAAGAGAAGGAUUGUGAAAUGGGAGCUACGGCAUCAUCCAGCAGCAGAUGCGAGGAGGACGAGGCGGAGGAACUCACUGUCACUGCAGCAGCGAGCGAGGCUCAGGGUGACGGCAGAGCCGAUGACAAGUUGUUACAGAAAAAUGGACAGAUCUCCAAUUUGAAUGUAAAGACAAGGAGCCAUGCAGAUGAAUUAAAUGGGCACUUUGAGGAAAGAGUACUUGCAGAUGUUGGCUCAGGGUUUGUCACUCUGAAAGAAGAUGGCACAGAAACAACUGAAGACCUUCAGGAAAUGGAUGCUCUUCAACCAAACAUUAAGAAUGAGAGCACAGAGAUGGUCAAUGGGGAUGGUGAAGAACCUAAGGAGGACAACCAAGUGAAUGAUAUCAAUGAAGUUGGCUUCAAAAAAAUCUUCAGAUUUGUUGGAUUUAAGUUUACCCUAAAAAAAGACACAUGUGAAAAGACUGAAGCAAAUGAGCAAGAAGAAAGAGUUGCAAGUCCCUCAGAUGACUCCAAUGACACUCAAGAGAACAGUGCAGUGGCAGCAAAUGAAAACACGACUGACGAGACUCACAAAAGUGAGGCGUUUUCCCAGCCUGAUGCAGCAGAACCCUUUCAACAAACAGACAAUGAAACGGAGCUGGAUCCGGACAUAAAGUUAGUGGAACAUCAUGUGGAGGACACACCUGAUAAAGAAAUGGCAAAAGAAAGUCCUGAGCCGGAGGAACAAAUGUCACCAAUCAAGCAAUUCUUUACACAGGGUAUCUUUGCCAGUUUAAGAAAAAGAAAGAAAGAAGAGGAAAUACAGAAAGAGAGUAAGGAAGAGGAACUCAAAAGAAUCGAGAAAAUUGAUGCAGAGGAGGCUGAACGUGAGGACAGUAAAUGCAUGUGUCUUGAUAUCCCUUAUAUUUUAUCAGAGGAAGAAAAAGAUGCAGUGGAGAAAGCCGAUGACACGUUGUUACCUGAAGGAGAGCUUCUGAAUUUUCUAGAGAAAGAUAAGGUACAAGGAAGUCCACUUAAAAGACUUUUUAGGAAAUUUUCCACAAGAAAGCAGAGAGAAAGUAAAGCUGCAGAAAAGAUGAUCGAGGCAGAGGAACAAGUCUCUGAACAGCCAAAGCCAUUCUUGGAAUUGACAGAGCAAGGGAAAGUCGAGGAAUCAGUGAUUGGGGAACCAAAACCUGCUGAAGAGGAGCUGGUUGCUGAUGUAAGCCCUCAAGAGUCCAAAAAGAAAUCUGACACCACCGUUUCCUGGGAGGCACUGAUUUGUGGUGGCUCCUCUAAAAAAAGGGCUAGAAAAACAAAUGAGAAUGAAACGGCAGACAAAGGAGAAGAAAAUGAGAAAACAACUGACUCUCCACUUGGAAGUUCAUUUGAGGGUGAUUAUGAUAAUCUCACAUCAUCUAAUGAACAAACAGGAAGUCCUGCAGAGGGAGAAAUGGGAUCCACAUGGAAAAUGUUUAAAAAAAUGGUCACCCCAAAGAGAAAGGUCAGAACUGGAGAAAGUAGUACCCCUGAGCAGAUACCUUCAGACAGUGAGAUGAACAAAGACGAUUCAUUUUCUACGAAGAAACUUAUUCCAGGGCAUAAAAAAAGAAAAUCUGAAGCAAGGCAAGAACAAACGUCCUCCGAUGAGGCUGCUAAGGAUAACGAAACAGAUGAUGAAGAUGAUGAAACCCCAGCUAUCAUUCCCCUGUCUGAGUAUGAAAUAAUUGAGCCUGAGAGUGUGAAGGAGGUUAAUGAACAACGAGUUGAAAUAACAAUAGAACAUGAGAAGCCAGAGAUGACAUUACAAGUGUUAGAAAAGGACACAUCCAAUGACUUAGUUCCCAAAAUUGCAGCUAAAAUGUCAAGUAACACUGGACCAACCGUCAUACAUGGUCUAUCAGAGGACUUUGAAGAACUCACAGACUUUGUGAGCAAACAUCAACAACUGAGUGAUAUACCAGAGGAAGGCAUCAUUGAGGAAAGCAUUGUAACACCAGUGUCAUCUGCUGAGUGGACAACACAGGAUGACACCUUAUCUGAGGACAUUGUGGAGUUGACAGCUGAUGCGGUCACUGCCCCAGAACCAGCAAGUGAACAAUUCACUGGGGAUGACACUACUGAAAUGGUCUCGGCAGUCUCGCAACUAACUGAAUCACCCUGGACAUCUGGACAUGUUACACCAGUGUCGGCUGAAUAUGGUGUACAAACAUCCGAUGUGAUCCUACAGGAAGCUCUUCAAUCUAUCUGCAUGACUCCAAGUGUUCAAUCAGUAACUACAAAAGAUGAAAGACAGGAAUCUCUGGCUGUGUCAUGUUCACCUUAUAUUGUACAGUCAUACACACAAGAAGAAACAAAGGUUUUGGUUGCACAUAAGAAAACUGAAGCAACAGCAAUAUGUACAGGUCUAGUAUCUCAAGAAAUAGAGUCUGUUGAAGAGCAUCUCCCUGCACACUUAGUGGAGGCAAUACCUGAAGUGAGCGAUGCUGUCCCAACUGAAUUAGUUUCUGAUAACUUAACAGAUGAACCUGAAGCUGCAGGACAUGAGACAGAUGAGGUCUAUGAAGCUGAAAUCAACUAUGUGAAGACUGAGUAUCAGGAAAUAAUUGUGAAUGAAGAAGAAUCUUCCACUGAAACUCAGCUGGACAUAGAGCAAGUCAUUAAAUUAGUGGCAGAGCCUUUAAUGGAAGAAUCAGAGGAGACUCAUAUGGAGGGCAAAACAGAGGAAUGUACAACUGGUAUUGAACUCGGACAAAUGAUUGAUACAAUGCAAAGUGAAGCUGGGCUGGACCAGGUUAUGUCAGACUACACCCAUGGUCCUGAAACAGAGUCUCCAUUAUAUCCAGAGUUAGAGGAACCGGUGUAUGAACAACCAUUAGCUGCUAAACCUGAAAAAGAGCUGAAGGUACCAGAUGUUGAAUUGUCACAUGCUGAGUUUGAGCAAGCUGCACUCACUGAAGUAGUUGAAACUUUGACACAUGGCGUUGUAGACAACAUUUCUGACACUACUACAAGUAAAGCCUCAGAUGUCCCUGAGGAAGAAAUUGAAAUGAUUGCCUCAGUGGAGGAGUGUCUGGAAAGCAAAGAGAGUAUUAUAAAUUCAGAUCACAUAGUGGCAGAGACACUGGAGUUAGAAGACAAUUUAGAAGUAGAAGGUGUAUCAAUACAAGUUGAUGUCUGUGAAAUACAAGUUGGGGCAAAAGAUACAGUCUUUUUAGCAGGUGAUUCAGCAGUGACUGUAGAGGACAUCAGUGAGAAAAUGGCUGAAAACAUUCCAGAAGCUGUGGAUGAAUCAUUAGCCAGAGAACAGAUGCCAGCUAAGGAGGUGUCACUUCCAGAAUCGGUAUUAGUUGAGCAGGCUGAAGAGAUCUAUAAAGAAGACAUUGAUACAGAUAUGGAUAAUAACAAAGUGGAUGACAGUGCAAGUGACAGAAUGGACAGGAUUUUUGUGAAAGAGGUAGAGGAACUUGCUGUAAAAGAAGGGCAACUUUUAGCAAAUACUGAAAGCAAUGAAACAGACAAUCAAGAUGUUUCUGCUGAUACAAAUACUACUGAUGAAUCUGCUGAAAUAACUGUUGAUGCGGAUACUGAAAAUGGAGAGACGGUACAUGAAAUUAGAGAACACACAGUUGUUCCUAGGUUUUCAAAAGAUGUAUCUGAGCGCACAGAAACACCAGCAGAGCUCGAAACUAGUUGUGAAGUCAUACUGACACCUCUAGAGACAGCAUUGCCAGAAGUUGAAGCAAGACCUGUACCAAUAGAAAUAGUGGGUUCUCAAACAGAGGAGUGCAGUGAAGACACCAAACAUAGUCCAGAACCACCCAAAGAGAAUGAACAACCAAUGACAAACGAGAAUAUUAAGACUGGUAAAGUUUUAGAGAUGGUUUCCAUUAUUGAGAACACAACAAAACAGUCAGGGAAAGAGAAACUUACAGUGAUUGAACCAGUAGCACAGGCACUCACAAUAUCAGAGCUACCGAAGGCAACAGAACAAGAGGGUGAUGCAUCUGAAAUGACUGUAGUUCAUGCUGAAGCAAUAGAUGGUGACCAAGCCUCAGCAAUAUCAUCAACAUUAAUGAAAGAAACAGCAGUUCCAGAAGAAAAGGUUACGAUGGCUAUUGCUCCCCAAUCAGAUCCAGAAAGGUAUGACUCAGGGCUGACUGUGAUUGAAGUGGCUGCAACCACAGUGCUGGCACAAAACGAUACUGCUACACAAAUGGAAGUUAGUAAUGUGAGUGAACACAUGAAUGAAGCAGAUGAAGAUGGUAGGCUAAAAUGUGAACCUAUUGAACAGUUGAUAGAAACGACACGGUCAAAUGAGUUACAGUUAGACAAGGCAGAAAUUAAAGAUGAAAUUCCAGCAGUAACGGAAGCAACGCCCAUAGCACAGGUACCACCAUUGAGCUUUGAAGUUACAGCAGAAAUGCCAGACAUUUCUGUUUCUGAGAUACAAACACAAGUAGUGAGUGAACUCAGAGCAGCGACACUUGAAGUGACAGAACCGAAGGUUGAAAUGCCAGUGGUAACAGAAGUUAAAGUAGAGACAGCUGUUGUAACUGAGCUGGAAGUGGAGAAACCUAUUGUCACAUCAGUGGUUACAGAACUUGAAGUAGAAACGCCAGUGGUUACAUCUAUGGCAAAGACGACUGAUACUCUCAAUUCUGUUGUAACUCCACAGAAUCAAAACAUAGACACUGACACGUCAGUUUUGACAACAGUGAUCAAGGAACAAGUGGAGGAGAUGCCUACUGUUAUUUCUGUGGUAGUGACACCAGCUACACCUCUAGAUGAAGUAACACAAUUUGUAACUCUAGGCAAAGAGUCAAUGGUUGUAGCACCAGUGGAAGACACACCAGUUGUGACUGUAGCAGCAGAAACACCAAAUGUUGAAUCAGUGAUUGUGAGGACUGCUGUGGCCCCAGUAGUAGACAUACAGAAUGUGAUUCCAGUGGUAGCAACACCAGAUCUUGGUUCAGUGCUAGUAACAGUGGCUGCAUCUUCAGUAUUCAGCGCAGCAGUUGUGACUACAGUAGCAGAAGCAGCAGUUGUGAGCACAGAUGUAGAAACACCAGUUAUAUCUUUCACAGCUGUAAAAUCAACUCCAGUUCUAGUGGCAGAUGUAAUAGAGAAAACAAAUGUGUCCCCUGUAGUAGAGAUCCCAGGAGUACAGUCACCAACUGUAGGUCCAGUGAUAAUGUCAUUAGGUGUAACAUCUGUGGCGGAGACAUCAGCUGUUACUUCAAUGACAGAAACUGUACCUCCAGAAGUUACACUAGAUGUGACCCCAUUUGCAGAAACAACAGUGAGCCAAGUAAUCAAAACUCCUGUGGCUUCCAUCACAUCAGUAAAACCAACUGUAGCUGCAGUGACACAUACACCAGUCGUUGAGAUACCAGCUAUAAUUCCAGAGACAGUACCAGAGACUGUAUCUUCUGUAGUAGCUACAUCAGCUGUAACUCUAGUAGCAUCAGAACAAAAUGUGACCCUAGUAGUAGAAACUCCAGCAGUAUCUUCAAUUGUAGUGGCAGAGACAUCACUAGUGGUAGAAAUACCAGAUCCGAUUUCAGUAAUUGUAACAGAAGCAGCAACUCCAGUUACACCAGCAGGAACUUCAGCAGCAGAAACGUCAGCUGUGAUCCCAGUAGUUGAAACUGCUGUAGUAAAACCAACUUCAGUUGCACUGGCAGAGACACCAGUUGUGACCCCGGUGAUGAUAACAUCAACUGUGACUCCAAUAGCAGAAAGGGCAGUUGUGAGGCUAGUACAAGAAACUAUAGUAGGAGCACCAACUGCAAUUACAGUAGUAGAGAGACCUGUUACGAUCCCGGUGGUACAGACACCAGCUCUGGUUUCAGUGACUGUAAAAGAAGCUGCACCUCCAGUAGUUCUACCAGCAGUGACUGCAGCAGCAGAAACAUCAGUUGUGAGCACAAUAGUAGAAACUCUAGCAGUAAAGCCAACAGUGUCCGUGGCAGAGACACCAGUGCCUGUAGCUUCAGAAGCAGAAGCACCUGCUGUGACCCCAGCCGUGCAGACACCGGUUGUUGAGCAGAUAGUACAGACACCAACAACUCCAGUCGUGCCUUUGGUAAAAGCGACACCAGUUGUGGCAGUGAUAGAGACACCUCCUGUGACUAUUGUUGAAGAAACACCAGCAACACAGACAUCUGCUUUAGCCCCUGUGAUGGUGACAACAGCUAUUGGCCCAGUUGUUGGGGUAGCAGCUGCAGCGCUUUUUGUUGUGACACCAGAGGUAAAGGAAGCAAUGUUGCAGGUGGUUGAACAGGAAAAAAAGGAAGCAAAGACAGAGCCUUCAGUUGUGUCUGAAGAUGUUGAACCACCACUUGUGGCAGCAAAAGAGGUAAAGACACCAAUUUUACCUGAAGAAAAUGCAAAGGGCUCCUUGCAACACGAGCCUGUUACUUCAACAGAACCUCAAUCAGAGGCAGAGGAUGAUGUGUGGGAGGAUGCUGUAGAUAAUAUUGGAGAUUCCCAGGGUCUAGUGACACACACAGAUGUAACACCCCAAGAUACGGCUGCUAAACAAACAUCUGAUGCUGCAAUUUGAGAGUGGCAUGCUAAACCAAAUGAAAUAUAUUAUGAGCUAGUGCAAAUUUAACAAGGACAGAUGAUAACUUUUUUACACUUGGAAAAGGAUGUGUGCUCACCUGGGACUCACAUUUCUCACAACAAAGAAAUGACCAAACUACUGAGAAAUAAAAUUGCAUCAUUAAAA